UGAGGCCGCAUCUGCUUUGUUGUUCGUCUCCCCAAUCCAAAGUCGCAUCUUGGAACGAAGACUACUCCUCCCUCUCACUCUCUCCCUCCCUUUUCCUUUAAACCCCAGCCUUCCUACCGACGAGAUCGCGAGGGAGGGGACUCGAGGAGGAGCUCGAGGGGGGUUCCUAGAUUCGUCAUCUUUUUCCUUCUUUUAGAAGAAGUCGGACCUCGAGAUCUCGGCUGCAGAUGGCGACGACGCAGCAGCCGCCGGGUCGUAUCGACUCAUUAGAAUCAUUGGGAUCAUCAACCACAAAUGCUGAUCUGAAACCUGUCAAAGUUGAAAGCCCGAACGAACAGCCACCUGCUAAAGAUGAGAAACUGACAACCACCACCACUUCACAUGAUUUAAAUGACAUGGAUACCUCAAGAGAUGCACAUGGGCAUUUGGUUUCUUCUGAUAUAGUUAUUGAUCAUAAUGCAGUUUAUCAAUCCAACAUUUUUGCCCCUCAUGCACAUUCCUUCUUCUAUGGUGGAUAUGAGAAUCUAAUUGGUGAUUGGGAAGAUCAAUCUCGAUAUGUAAAUGUUGAAGGAGUGGAAUUUGGCUUGGCUGGUGUCUACAACGAGAACCCUUCGCUUGUAUAUCACACUGGAUAUGGUUACAGUCCUUAUGGACCGUAUUCCCCGGGUAUGACACCUCUAACUUCUCUUAGUGGAGAUGGCCAGCUUUACUCGCCUCAUCAGUUCCAGUUCCCAGGUGCAUACUACCAGCAGUCAGCUCCUCCUAACAUGCCGUAUCUGUCUUCUUCAACUCCUAUACCACGAGUUGAUCUGGCAGUGCCAAUUGAUCAACAAGGAGUAUUUACUUCUGAUACUUCAAACUUCAACACCCAGAUGUUUGGACCAAGACCAGAUUUAACGAGAGCCCCAGAUGGCACUGGGUCUGUGACUCCAUUAUCACUACCAACAGUUUCAGUUUCACCUCAACCAAUUGGUGGCCUAAUGCCAUUUGGUCAAGGGGCCAUGCCUAUAACUUCAGGAAUGGGUUCACAGCAACAGAGAUCUUUGUAUGGCUUUGGAUCAUCUAUCAGCUCUAUCGAUAGAGGUUACUCGCACAGUGGGCAGUAUCAUAAUAGCACAUUUGAGACAUCUAUUCCCAGCUUGGGAAUUAAAGACCAGAGCUCAUUUGUUCUGGACAAAAAUAGGAGGGGAGGAAAGGAAAGUACUUUAUUGUGUAGUUGCAAUGGCACUGUCGAUUUUCUAAACGAGCAAAACAGAGGACCACGAGCAAAUAGGUCAAAAAUUCAGAUGAUUGAAUGCAAUUCUUCACUUGACACUGAGAAAGAUAGUUCUACCACAGGGGUCGAUCAUAAAUUGUAUAAUAGUCCUGAUUUUGUUACGGAGCACAAGGAUGCCAUGUUUUUCAUAAUUAAGUCUUACAGUGAGGAUAAUGUUCACAAGAGCAUUAAAUAUGGUGUUUGGGCUAGCACUUCCAGUGGUAAUAGGAAGUUGGAUUCUGCAUACCAUGAAGCGAAACAAAAAGAAGAUCCUUGCCCAGUUUUCUUAUUUUUCUCGGUAAAUGCAAGUGCACAUUUCUGUGGGGUAUCUGAAAUGAUUGGACCUGUUGAUUUUGAAAAGAGUGUGGAUUACUGGCAGCAAGACAGGUGGAGUGGUCAGUUUCCUGUCAAGUGGCAUAUGGUGAAAGAUGUACCCAACAAUUUGUUUCGACAUAUUAUACUCGAAAACAAUGAAAAUAAGCCUGUCACCAACAGCAGAGACACCCAAGAAGUGAAAUUGGAGAAGGGUCUGGAGAUGCUAGGAAUUUUUAAGAAGCAUGAAUAUGAAGUAUCAAUCAUUGACGACUUUGAGUUUUAUGAGGAGCGGGAGAAAGCCAUGCAGGAGAGAAAGGCUCGCAAGCAUCACCAGAUGUACAACUCGGCAGGGCCUGUUCGAGCUGCUUUUAGGAAUGAGCAAAGAAACCCUCCUGCCAUCUCGGGUGACUUCAUAAACCGACUAUCUAAGAACUUUAUUAGUGCUGUCAGGUUGGAAGAAAGAAACAAUGCUGACCCAGCAACAGAUAAAAAUAGUUCCUUGAGUGUUAGUGUUGCUCCUAAACCUGACGAGCUGCAGAAAUCAGAGACUACUCCUGCGACAACAAGCAGCUAGCAAGAUCAACAACUAUAACCCUCUCCUGUUCCAGACCACUUCAUAGUAUGGUGAAUUGGACAUUGGAAGACUGCUUAGUAGUAUUAGCUCUUGAAUUGCUGAAGCAGUUGUAUAGUUUGUUUGCCAUUUGAAAGGAGAAAAGGAAAUAGAAGGUACCUCUCUAUUCUGUAUUUUUUUCCUCGUCAUUUUGUUUUCCUUCUGAUCGGCAAUCUUUAAGCAGAUCUGGUCCUUCUUACCAGCUUUUGUAAAGUGCGAUCGGAAUGCCAUAUGAAUAAUUUAGCUUCCACGCUCCUACGAUCUUUGUUUUCUUUUCGUGAUGCUGAAGAAGCUGAAAUGUUUAAGCAAAUACUUGGUAGUAACAAUGAUAUGUUUAAGAAGCCCUACUUGCUGCUUGUUAA